CGCCGCCGCCGCCGCCGCCGCCAGCAGCCGCCUGCCGCCGGGCCCGUCCGCCCGCCCGCCCGCCCGCCGCAUGGCGCUCCGCGGCUUCUGCAGCGCCGAUGGCUCCGACCCCUUCUGGGCGUGGGACAUCACGUGGAACACCAGCAACCCCGACUUCACCAAGUGCUUUCAGAACACGUUCCUCGUGUGGGUGCCUUGUUCUUACCUCUGGGUCUGCUUUCCCUUCUACUUCCUCUAUCUCUCACGCCAUGACCGGGGCUACAUUCAGAUGACCUAUCUCAACAAAACCAAAACUGCCUUGGGAUUUUUGCUGUGGAUCGUCUGCUGGGCAGACCUCUUCUACUCUUUCUGGGAAAGAAGUUGGGGCAAAUUCCUGGCCCCAGUGUUUCUGGUCAGCCCAACCCUCUUGGGCAUCACCAUGUUGCUUGCUACCUUUUUGAUUCAGCUCGAGAGAAGGAAGGGAGUCCAGUCCUCGGGGAUCAUGCUCACUUUCUGGCUUCUAGCCCUACUGUGUGCCCUUGCCAUCUUGCGAUCCAAAAUCAUGACUGCCUUAAAAGAGGAUGCUGAAAUCGACGUGUUUCGCGAUGUCACUUUCUACAUUUACUUUUCCCUCGUGCUGAUGCAGCUCGUGCUGUCCUGUUUCUCGGACCGACCACCCCUGUUCUCUGAAACCAUCCACGACCCCAAUCCCUGCCCGGAAUCCAGUGCCUCCUUCCUUUCCAGAGUCACCUUCUGGUGGAUCACAGGGCUGAUGGUCCGGGGCUACCGCCAGCCCCUGGAGAGCACUGACCUCUGGUCCCUGAAUAAGGAGGACACAUCAGAACAAGUUGUGCCCGUUUUGGUAAAGAACUGGAAGAAGGAGUGUGCCAAAUCCAAAAGGCAGCAGGCAAAGAUGGCGUACUCCUCCAAGGACCCCGCCAAGCAGAAAGGGGGCUCGCAGGUGGAUGUGAAUGAGGAGGCUGAGGUUUUGAUUGUCAAGUCCCCCCAGAAGGAGCGGGAGCCGUCUCUGUUCAAGGUGUUAUACAAGACCUUCGGGCCCUACUUCCUCAUGAGCUUCCUAUUCAAGGCCCUCCACGACCUGAUGAUGUUUGCUGGCCCAGAGAUCUUAAAAUUGCUCAUCAACUUCGUGAACGAUCAGAAGGCCCCGGACUGGCAGGGCUACUUCUACACCGCGCUGCUAUUCGUCAGCGCCUGUCUCCAGACCCUCGUGCUGCACCAGUACUUCCACAUCUGCUUCGUCAGCGGCAUGAGGAUCAAGACGGCCGUCAUCGGCGCCGUCUACCGGAAGGCCUUGGUGAUCACCAACUCAGCCAGAAAGUCCUCCACCGUCGGGGAGAUUGUCAACCUCAUGUCUGUGGACGCCCAGAGGUUCAUGGACCUGGCCACGUACAUUAACAUGAUCUGGUCGGCUCCUCUGCAAGUCAUCCUUGCUCUCUACCUCCUGUGGCUGAACCUGGGCCCAUCCGUCCUGGCCGGGGUGGCUGUGAUGAUCCUCAUGGUUCCCCUCAAUGCCGUGAUGGCCAUGAAGACCAAGACCUACCAGGUGGCACACAUGAAGAGCAAAGACAAUCGGAUUAAGCUGAUGAAUGAGAUUCUCAACGGGAUCAAAGUGCUCAAGCUUUACGCCUGGGAACUGGCCUUCAAGGACAAGGUGCUGGCCAUCAGGCAGGAGGAGCUGAAGGUGCUCAAGAAAUCGGCCUACCUGGCGGCUGUGGGAACCUUCACUUGGGUCUGCACACCUUUCCUGGUGGCCCUGUCUACCUUUGCUGUCUACGUGACCAUCGACAAGAACAACAUCCUGGAUGCCCAGAAAGCUUUCGUGUCCUUGGCCUUAUUCAACAUCCUCCGAUUUCCCCUGAAUAUUCUCCCCAUGGUCAUCAGCAGCAUCGUGCAGGCGAGUGUCUCCCUCAAACGCCUCAGGAUCUUUCUGUCUCACGAGGAGCUGGAGCCUGACAGCAUCGAGCGAAGGCCUGUCAAGGACGGCGGGGGCGCAAACAGCAUCACUGUGAAGAAUGCCACGUUCACGUGGGCCAGGGGCGACCCUCCGACGCUAAGUGGCAUCACCUUCUCCAUUCCGGAAGGUUCCUUGGUGGCCGUGGUGGGCCAAGUGGGCUGUGGAAAGUCAUCUCUGCUCUCAGCACUCCUGGCCGAGAUGGACAAGGUGGAGGGGCACGUGGCUAUCAAGGGCUCAGUGGCCUACGUCCCCCAGCAGGCCUGGAUUCAGAAUGAUUCCCUCCGAGAAAACAUCCUUUUCGGCCGCCAGCUACAGGAACGGUAUUAUAAGACCGUCAUUGAAGCCUGUGCCCUCCUCCCAGAUCUGGAAAUCCUGCCCAGUGGGGACCGGACAGAGAUUGGUGAGAAGGGCGUGAACCUGUCUGGGGGCCAGAAGCAGCGAGUGAGCCUGGCCCGGGCCGUGUACUGUGACUCCGACAUCUACCUCUUCGAUGACCCCCUGUCGGCAGUGGAUGCCCACGUGGGAAAACACAUAUUUGAAAAUGUCAUUGGCCCCAAGGGGAUGCUGAGGAGCAAGACGCGGCUCCUGGUCACGCACAGCAUCAGCUACCUGCCCCAGGUGGAUGUCAUCAUCGUCAUGACCGGCGGCAAGAUCUCGGAGAUGGGCUCCUACCAGGAGCUGCUAGCCCGGGACGGCGCCUUCGCCGAGUUCCUGCGCACGUAUGCCAGCACCGAGCAGGAGCGGGCCGAGCAGGACGACGGGUUAACAAGUGUCAGCAGCCCAGGGAAGGAGGUGAAGCAGAUGGAGAAUGGCAUGCUGGUGACUGAUGUCGCGGGGAAGCAGCUGCAGAGACAGCUCAGCAACUCCUCCUCCUACGGCGGGGACAUUAGCCGCCACCGCACCAGCACGGCCGAGCUGCAGAAAGCUGGGGCCAAGAAUGAGGACGCGUGGAAGCUGGUGGAGGCGGACAAGGCGCAAACAGGGCAGGUCAAGCUGUCCGUGUACUGGGACUACAUGAAGGCGAUCGGACUUUUCAUCUCCUUUCUGAGCAUCUUCCUUUUCCUGUGUAACCACAUUGCUGCUCUGGCCUCUAACUACUGGCUCAGCCUCUGGACUGAUGACCCCAUCGUCAACGGGACCCAGGAACACACUAAAGUCCGGCUGAGCGUCUAUGGAGCCCUGGGCAUUUCGCAAGGUAUCUCCGUGUUCGGCUACUCCAUGGCGGUGUCCAUCGGGGGGAUCUUGGCUUCCCGCCGCCUGCACCUGGACCUGCUACAGAACGUCCUCCGGUCACCCAUGAGCUUCUUCGAGCGGACCCCCAGCGGGAACCUGGUGAACCGCUUCUCUAAGGAGCUGGACACGGUGGACUCGAUGAUCCCGCAGGUCAUCAAGAUGUUCAUGGGCUCCCUGUUCAAUGUCAUGGGCGCCUGCAUCAUCAUCCUGCUGGCCACUCCCAUUGCCGCCAUCAUCAUCCCGCCGCUUGGCCUCAUCUACUUCUUCGUCCAGAGGUUCUACGUGGCCUCGUCCCGGCAGCUGAAGCGCCUCGAGUCGGUGAGCCGCUCCCCGGUCUACUCCCACUUCAGUGAGACCUUGCUGGGCGUCAGCGUCAUCCGCGCCUUCGAGGAGCAGGAACGCUUCAUCCGCCAGAGUGACCUGAAGGUGGACGAGAACCAGAAGGCCUAUUACCCCAGCAUCGUGGCCAACAGGUGGCUGGCGGUGCGGCUGGAGUGUGUAGGCAACUGCAUCGUCCUGUUCGCCGCCCUGUUCGCCGUGAUUUCCAGACACAGUCUCAGCGCCGGCUUGGUGGGCCUGUCCGUGUCGUACUCGCUGCAGGUCACCACGUACUUGAACUGGCUGGUUCGCAUGUCGUCCGAGAUGGAGACCAACAUCGUGGCGGUGGAGAGGCUGAAGGAGUAUUCAGAAACGGAGAAGGAGGCUCCUUGGCAAGUCCAGGAAAUGACUCCGCCCAGCACCUGGCCUCAGGUGGGCCGAGUAGAAUUCCGUGACUAUGGCCUGCGAUACCGAGAAAACCUGGACUUGGUUCUCAAGCACAUCAACGUCACCAUUGAUGGAGGGGAAAAGGUCGGCAUUGUGGGGCGGACGGGAGCUGGGAAGUCAUCCCUGACCCUGGGCUUAUUUCGGAUCAACGAGUCUGCUGAGGGGGAGAUCGUUAUCGACGACAUCAACAUUGCCAAGAUCGGCCUGCACGAUCUGCGCUUUAAGAUCACCAUCAUCCCGCAGGACCCUGUUUUGUUCUCGGGUACCCUCCGCAUGAACCUGGACCCAUUCAGCCAGUACUCAGAUGAGGAAGUCUGGACGUCCCUGGAGCUGGCUCACCUGAAGGACUUCGUGUCUGCCCUUCCCGACAAGCUAAACCACGAGUGUGCGGAAGGCGGGGAGAACCUGAGCGUCGGGCAGCGCCAGCUUGUGUGUCUGGCCCGGGCUCUGCUGCGGAAGACCAAGAUCCUCGUGUUGGAUGAGGCCACGGCGGCCGUGGACCUCGAAACGGACGACCUCAUCCAGUCGACCAUCCGGACGCAGUUUGAGGACUGCACCGUGCUCACCAUUGCACACCGGCUCAACACCAUCAUGGACUACACGAGGGUCAUCGUCCUGGACAAGGGAGAGAUCCGGGAGUGCGGCCGGCCCUCUGACCUCCUGCAGCAGAGAGGUCUUUUCUACAGCAUGGCCAAAGAUGCUGGCCUGGUGUGAGCCACAGAGCUGGUGCAUCUGGUCAGAAUUGCAGGGCUGACACGCCAGUGUCCGGGGGUGACGUACUGAGGCACCGUCCUUGGGAACCCAAGCCUCCUGUAUACUGAAACCAAAAAAAAAAGAGAAAAAAAAAAACAACCCCUAAAACCAAAACUCAAAAGCAGCCACCGUCUGGCCCCCGAACUGGAAUUGGCCGUGAAGAAGCAGGAGAGACACAGAGAUGCAGCCCACCCAGAACACUCCCGCCCUUGCCUCCGUGGCCCCUGCAAGACGCACAUAUAUUCUCAGGCCCCCGGGAACGCACGCUCAUGCUCUUGGUGCUCCGUGAGGAGGUUUUGGCAGCCAGACUGCCAGAGAAAGUGGUUUCAUAAAAUAAUGCUAGUGACCAAAUCCAGCCAACUGCCUCAGAUCUCUCCAGCCAAAGUCAACGGAUUCCAUCUUUGAGAAGCUCCCCGGCCCCCGGCAUCCCCCAGUGUGCUUUGUCUCCUUGGGGCUGCAGGUGGGAGUGAGGGGCCUGGGAAGAUUACUCUCCCCUCAGGCAGUACCCUGAGGGCCACGGACACUCCUCUUACCAACCAUCUGGUCUUCCAGGCGCUCAGACACUGGGAACCCACGUCCCAGCCCUGCUCUCCCGGUACUCGCCUCCCAGGCCAGGGGCAGCCUCCACAUCCCCGGACUUCUCACCGACGGGACUCGGCGGGACUUCCAGGCUGUCUGGACCUGGAGAUCAUCUCAGUACCAACUCCCCAGCCCGGCCGCUCCGCUCCUCAUCCACUCCAGUCUUCUUGCUUUCCUCGCUCCCUCUUUCUACCCAUCGCUAGGAUGGCUUUACUGCCCUAGUCCCUGAGAGAGAAGAUCUGUCGAUGGUGAUGAAGCGGUCAAGGCCAAGAGUGCUAGGUACCUCCCAGGUGCGGCCGGUUGGGACUGAAAAGGGCCCCGUUGAGUCUCCUCUGUGUGGUUAGAUUUUUUUUCCUCGCCCUUGGCAUCUGGGUGGCUUGAAGGAUGGCAGUGUGGAGAACUCGACAUUUCAUGACCGAGUCUCUUCCAGGACAAGAAAAGGACCCAUUCACAGAUAUCAGUGAUGGCUUUUUCUUUUUUUGUUUAGUUUUAUUUUGUUUUGUUUUUUUGGCUUUAAGUGCUGCUCCAGGGGGGAAAAACGGUCUCAAGAGUUUAAUUUCUUGGGAGGAGGUGUUGGUUGAGGAGCGGCAUUCCCAGGGAUUCCCAGCCACGUCGGCCGGCAGGUGACAGGUGGUCCACGUGUUCCUGGAGGAAAAUGGAGAAGCAGAGUCCUUCUCGGUUUCUCGGAGACCAAAGCGAGACCCAAAACGCAGAGGAAGGUCACUGCUGCUCCAGGAUUCAUACUCGCUAUGAAUUGCAUUGCUGACUUCACAUCCAGAGAAGCAUCUUUUUUCUUUUAGGUGGAAAUACAUAUUUAUUUUUUUGUAAGUUAUACCAUUCUUUCACAUUAGAUAAACCAAGUUUUUCUUGGGGAUCUUUUUCUAAAGACUUACACUGGAAACGUGAACAUUUGCAAAUAAUUUACAGUAAAAAAAAAAUAUUUUGUUUCUUACUCAACAAUUGUUGUUUUCUUUGGGGCGUUAGCUGCGGGUUCUGCCACGUCCUUCAGAAGUCAGGAUGGGGUUACGCUCUUGCCUGCUUCUGUUCUUUGUCUUUGGCAAACCCGUUGUCUCCAGUGGGAGCUCUUGUCCAGGAACGGGACCUGAGAGGUGAAGACUCCAGUGGGGUUCAGUGGGGAGUCGGCAUGGCACGGUGGACAGAGCCUGGGCUUGAGCCCUGCCCUUGCGGUUUGCUGACCGGAUGACCCUGCAAUGAGUCACUGGACGUCUCUGCUGCAGCUGCCUCGUCUAUAAAACGGGGCUGACCUGCCCCGCGGGAUUGUUGUGCUGAUGAGCAGUGAUGGUUUGUGGCACGCACGACCUUGGUCGUCUAAGACACAAGCCAGGCAAAAGUCCCAUGUGGCCAAAGUUAGCUGAGAAACUGUGUUAGGUCGGCCAGGCUGUGCUGUGGUAGCAAAUCAGCCGUAACGCUUAGGAAACGAACACCUGGGUGUAUUUCUGACUCAGGCAUUUUUUGAUGAGCGUCAGAUCCUCUCUAGGGUCCCUGUCUUCCCUGCAGCAACGGAGAGACCCAGGCUGUUGUGGUCUUACAGCAUCACACCUCCCAAGGGCUGGCUUGCGGAGACCGGCACCGCAGGGGAGGGGAAAGCGGGCACCAGGAUGACGCACCCCCGUUCUUAAGUGCCCCAAACCGGAAGCGACACAAAUCCGUUCCACUCAGCCCAGUGGCCAGAGUCAGUCACGUGGCCCCAGCCCCACCGCAAAGGAAGCUGGGAGAUGGCAGGGGGAGGAAGGAAGAGUAGUACCUCCCCUAGUGGUCGUUCCCGUGGUCUCUGGAGUCGUGGCUAGCGGGGAAGUGAGGCUGGCGUGUUGGGUUUCUGAGUUUGCACUGCGUGAGUCUUGCUCAUGAAGAGUUGCCGUGUUUGGGGAGCAAACCAUCCGUGCUGCGCCCUGAAAGCAGGCCCCGAGUAGCCGCGCAGAGCGGGCAUCCUGCCGUGUCGCCCGGAGCGUGGUCGUGCUCAGUAGAGAGAGGCCGGUCAGCUUGUUCCCAUUAGAAGGGAAGUAUUUGGAUAUGCCAUGUGGGGGGUCAGUUUUAGGGGUGAGGUCCCAGGUCAGAUCCUAACCAGGUGUCCCAAGUGUGCGACCUGGUGUGUGCCUCGUGGGCAUGCGCCAUGGGACAGCCGGUGCUCAGGAGGGUCGUGGGCCUGGGUUCAAGCUCAUGCUGCUUCCUGAAGAGGAGACCGUGUGCAGCCUUAACCCCGGAGAGGGUGGGGUCCGAAGCCCCGAGGCUGGGGCAGGGGUAAGCGCUUCGAUGCCGUGGAAGGAGCAAGGGGGGCCCCCUCCCGGGUGCCCGGCCCUGGGCUCGGUGCUUAGCCUCACUCCUGUGGGAACGGACCCCCAGGCCAGAGCGGAGCGGGGAACAGGCGUGAUGCUUCCUGCGUGGGUCCCACAGCACAUUCCAGCAAAGUACUCACAAUCUGACCACUUCUCUGCCCUCCAGUUGCUGCCACGCGGGUCCCUGUCUCGUGCCCCUGUGACUACCACCUCAGCGAUCUCCCUGCUGCCCUGGCCACCCCACUUCCCCCUAGUACAGUCUGUUCUCCACCCAGCAGCAUCGUGUGCCUUUAAAAACCCUCCAUCAGAACCCUCCAGUGGUCCCCGUGUCUGGCGGCAGCCAGCUUCCCUGCACACCCCGGCUUCCCGUAACCUCUGGGGGCCCCCAGCUCCCCUCUGGCCAUCUCGCAGGGCCCUCCAGCCACAAAGCCCCUCUGCUGUCCUUCCAGCAUGCUGGGCACUGUCCCGCCUCCGGGUCUUCCCUCUGCCCCAGAUGUCAGCGUGGCUGGUCGCUGUCCUGUUUCUUUCACAGUAGCGGCUCCGCAAGAGCAAGGCUCUGAUCGCCUUACUCCGUAAUGAAUGCCCACCCCGGGCCCAUAGCUCGCCCCCGGUGACUGCCUUCUCUGAUCCAACACUGAGCUCGCCGUGCCGGGCCCUGGGCCAAGUGUGACGUCAUUGGGGCCUCUAGAACCUGCCUUUCAGGAGCUGUGGUUUCUUCAUUGGUACAGCUGGGAUCAUUGUGUCCAUCUGGCCAGGUGGGUGUGAGGAUGGAAGCCGAUGCAGGUAAAGCACCCAGCGCCACAUCUGGCCCUCUGGACACCGUCCUACGUGGUGAUGGCUUUCAUUCAUUCAUUUGUCCGUCUAUCCAGCCAUCCUGAUAUCCAUCCAGCCGUCCGUCCAUCCAUGCAAUCGUCACUUAUUGAACACUCCCACGUGCUGUGCACCGUGCCGGAUGCUGGGAGACACCGUGAACGCAUGUGAACAAAUCCCUUGUGUCAAGAAGGAAAGGAGCCCAUUC